AUGGAGUUUACAGGUGCUCCGGGCUUGUGGAGCCGCUACUCCCGUUGGGAUGCAAGCACCCGGAGCGAUCUAAGUUUUCAGUUCAAAACACAACUCUCCAGAGCCCUGCUCCUGUACUUUGACGACGGGGGAUACUGCGAUUUCUUGCAGCUGAUGGUGGUGGAUGGGAAAGUUGAACUUAAAUUCAGCAUCGAUUGCUACGAAGCCGCCGUCGACAUGGACAGGCAGGUGGACGAUGGCCAGUGGCAUUUUCUCAUGAUCAGCCGGAACAAACUGCGAACUGUCCUGGUGCUGGACGGAGACACGCAGUCCGUCGACGUGAAGCCCCAGCGGCAGUACAUGAAGAUCGUGAGCGAUUUGUUCGUGGGAGGGGUCCCUCAGGACAUCCGCGAAUCGGCCUUAACUUCGGUCACGGUGCAAAGCGAGCCUCCUUUCAAGGGAUUUAUCGAAGACUUAAAGUAUGGGAACUCUGCCCCGGUGCUGCUCGGGAGCCAGUCGGUGAGACUCGACAAGGAGGGCAUUUGCACGGAAAAUCCUUGCGAAAAUGGUGGAGUUUGCUCGGUGGUGGAAGGAGAAGUUACCUGUGACUGCUCUAGCACAGGGUAUUUGGGGCGGUACUGCACUGAAGAACAAAGGUGGGCAGGUGGAUUAUCACAUCUCCAAUUAGGAGAUGAGGCCAGACGGAGAUCCAGGGAAGACAACUCUGCAACAUUCCGAGGAUCUGAGUACUUCUGUUACGACCUAUCCCAGAACCCUAUCCAGAGCAGCAGCGAUGAGAUCACCUUGUCCUUCAAGACCUGGCAGCGGAAUGGGCUGAUCCUGCACACAGGGAAGUCAGCUGACUAUGUAAACCUAGCACUGAAAGAUGGAGCAGUUUCACUAGUCAUUAACCUGGGAUCUGGUGCUUUUGAGGCAUUGGUUGAACCAGUAAAUGGGAAGUUCAAUGACAACGCCUGGCACGAUGUCAAAGUGACACGCAAUCUGCGACAGCACUCAGGCAUUGGACACGCUAUGGUCACCAUUUCGGUGGAUGGCAUCCUCACUACCACGGGUUACACCCAAGAAGACUACACUAUGCUGGGAUCUGAUGACUUUUUCUACGUCGGUGGAAGUCCUAGUACAGCAGAUCUGCCCGGUUCCCCUGUCAGCAACAAUUUCAUGGGUUGCCUCAGAGAGGUCGUUUAUAAAAACAAUGACAUCAGGCUAGAACUCUCGCGCCUGGCGAGGAUUAAGGAUCCCAAAAUGAAGAUCCACGGUGAUGUUGUGUUCACGUGCGAGAAUGUCGCCACCCUGGACCCCAUAUCAUUCGAGACACCAGAGGCGUAUAUCAGCUUGCCAAAAUGGAACACCAAGAAAAUGGGCUCAAUUUCGUUCGAUUUCCGUACGUCUGAGCCCAGUGGCCUCAUUCUGUUCACGCAUGGAAAGCCACAGGAAAGGAAGGACCUGCGGAGCCUGAAGAAAACCAAAGUAGACUUUUUUGCUGUUGAGCUCUUGGAUGGGAACCUGUUCUUGCUGCUGGACAUGGGCUCUGGGGCGAUCAAGAUCAAAUCCACAACCAGGAAGGUGAACGACGGAGAAUGGUAUCACGUGGACAUACAACGAGACGGUAGAUCAGGUACUAUAUCGGUGAAUAGUCGACGCACCCCAUUCACGGCAAGUGGAGAUAGCGAGAUUCUUGACCUGGAGGGGGACAUGUACCUUGGAGGCCUGCCAGACAACAGAAUGGGUUCCAUCUUGCCCACGGAGCUGUGGACAGCCAUGCUCAAUUACGGCUAUGUUGGCUGCAUCAGGGACUUGUUUAUUGAUGGCAGGAGCAAGGAUAUCCGACAGUUGGCUGAGGAACAGAACGCUGCUGGGGUCAAGCCAUCUUGCUUACGUGUGAGCAUAAAACAGUGUGACAGCAAUCCUUGUAAGAACAACGCAGUGUGCAGGGAAGGUUGGAACCGGUUCAUCUGCGACUGCACAGGCAUGGGCUACUGGGGGAGAACAUGUGAAAGAGAGGCAUCCAUUCUCAGCUACGAUGGCAGCAUGUACCUGAAGAUAGUCAUGCCCUGGGUAAUGCACACAGAAGCUGAAGAUGUCUCUCUUCGCUUCAUGUCCCAGCGCGCCUAUGGUUUGCUCGUGGCUACGACCUCAAGGGACUCGGCUGACACACUACGCCUGGAACUCGACGGAGGGCGCGUCAAGCUGACAGUCAACUUAGACUGUAUCAGGAUUAACUGUAACUCCAGCAAAGGACCAGAGACAAUUUAUGCUGGACAAAAACUCAAUGACAAUGACUGGCACACAGUACGAGUGGUUCGUCGAGGUAAAAAUCUGAAGCUGAUGGUCGAUGAAGUCACUGCUGAAGGCCAAAUGCUCGGUGACCACACACGGCUGGAAUUUCACAACAUCGAGACGGGGAUAAUGACAGAACGGCGUUUCAUCUCCACUGCCCCAUCCAGCUUCAUUGGGCACCUGCAGAGCUUGAUGUUCAAUGGAAUGAUGUACAUUGACCUGUGCAAAAAUGGGGACAUUGAAUAUUGUGAAAUAAACGCCAGGUUCGGCAUGAGGUCCAUUAUCGCAGAUCCCGUCACUUUCAAAACCAAGAACAGCUACUUGACCCUGGCUACUCUGCAGGCGUACACGUCCAUGCACCUCUUCUUCCAGUUCAAGACCACGUCCCCUGAUGGAUUCAUCCUGUUCAACAGCGGAGAUGGCAACGACUUCAUUGCUGUGGAACUAGUUAAAGGAUACAUCCACUAUGUGUUUGAUCUGGGAAAUGGGCCAAAUGUUAUCAAAGGGAACUCUGAAAAGGCCUUGAGUGACAAUCAAUGGCACAAUGUGGUUAUCACCAGGGAUAACAGCAACACUCACACGCUAAAGGUGGAUGCUAGAUCUGUGACUCAGAUCAUCAAUGGUGCCAAAAACCUGGACCUUAAAGGUGUCCUAUACAUUGCUGGGCUGGCCCAAGGCAUGUACAACAACCUGCCAAAACUUGUUGCCUCCAGAGAUGGGUUUCAGGGUUGCUUGGCAUCUGUAGACCUCAAUGGAAAGCUGCCGGACCUGAUUCACGAUGCAUUACAUCGGAGUGGGCAAAUUGAACGUGGAUGUGAAGGUCCCAGCACAACCUGCCAAGAAGACUCUUGCACAAACUAUGGGAUCUGCAUCCAGCAAUGGGAGGGGUACACGUGCGACUGCUCCAUGACCUCGUACAGUGGCAGUCAAUGCAAUGACCCUGGUACAACAUACAUCUUCGGCCGCGGAGGAGGGGUUAUAACCUACACUUGGCCGGCUAAUGACAGACCCAGUACGAGGACCGACCGCUUAGCUGUUGGAUUCAGCACGUCAGUGAAAGAUGCCAUCCUGGUGCGGGUGGAUAGCGCACCUGGCCUAGGAGACUUCCUUCAGCUUCAUAUAGAACAAGGCAAGAUUAGCGUUGUUUUUAACGUUGGAACUGAUGACAUCGUCAUCAAGGAAACCAGCAACGUGGUGAAUGAUGGGAAUUACCAUUUGGUACGUUUUACCAGGAAUGGGGGCAACGCGACCCUACAGGUGGACAACUGGGCCGUAAAUGAAUUCUACCCGACAGGCCGCAUGCUGACAAUCUUCAAUACCCAGGCCAUGAUUACAAUUGGGGGAAAGAAUAGGAGCCGCCCAUUCCAGGGCCAAAUGUCUGGCCUUUACUACAAUGGCUUGAAGGUCCUUAACAUGGCUGCGGAAAGCCACCCCAAUGUCAAGGUCAACGGAACCGUGCGGCUGGUGGGAGAGGUGGCCCCGGUGAUUGUCAACCAGCCAAUGGCGACUACCUUACCGGCCGAGAUGUCCACCACUAUCAUGGCGACGACCACAACGAUGGCAACCACCACAGCCCGGAAGGUCCGAGGAACAAUGAAGGUCAACCCGGUCACCGAUGACCUUAUCGUGUCUUCAGCUGAGUGUGCAAGCGAUGAUGAGGACCUCGAUGAAUGUGAACCCAGCUCAGCAAACCCCACGGAGCCAGGAGUCCGACGGGGCCCCGGGGCCUCAGAGGUGGUGCGGGAAUCGAGCAGCACGACAGGGAUGGUCGUAGGGAUAGUGGCAGCAGCAGCCCUCUGCAUCCUGAUCCUCCUGUACGCCAUGUACAAGUACCGGAACAGAGACGAAGGGUCCUACCAGGUAGACGAGACGCGCAAUUAUAUCAGCAACUCCGCGCAGACCAACGGCACCGUUGUUAAGGAGAAACAGCAGAGUGCCAAAGGCAGCAGUAAGAAGCACAAAAACAAGGACAAAGAGUAUUAUGUGUAG